GUGAUUUUUUUUCAUUAGUGUAAUAAACUGUGUAAGUUGGUAGCGAGUAAUGAGUAUGUAACUCGAUGCGUUGACCCGAACAACUCGCGACCCGAUCUGUCUGCAACCCGCCCGACCCGAAACUCGAUAAACCCGCAACCUGAUUUACCCGCAACCCGAUUGAACCCGAACCCGAUGAACUCGCAACCCAACUAACUCGCAACCUGUUUGAACCCGAACCUGAUUGAACUCGACCCGACGAACCCGCAACCCGACGAACCCGAAACCUGACUAACCCGCAACCCGAUUGAACCCAGCCCGAACCCGCCCUAUUGCCACCUAUAGUCACAUGUAUUGUGCUUAUAUAUAAGUUAUUAGUUUUGUGUCGCCCAAUGGGCGGUGUGUUUCUUUGUUUGUGUUUAAUUAUUUGUCAUUGUUUUUCAAUGGUGUCCACCUUCUAUUUCUUUGUAUUUAUUUAUCUCACUAUUUAUGAUUCAAGUUUCGAUUGAUAGGAAGUUCGUAAUGUUUAUUAUGUGUCUAACCCAAAUCAACAACAAUGUCAAAUAAGAAGAGUAGCAAAAUUAUCACCAGUUGGAAGAUUAUAACAUGACCAUCUUAUCUCCGAUUGAUCAACAAAUUUCAACUUGAUAAUGUGAACAUGGUCUUUUAUUGAUUUUUUCUUUGAUGCAUAUGAUUGUUUAUGCUAAAUAUUGCAAGUGUCUAACAUUAUCUUCAACUUAUUGACAACAACUUUACCUAGAUAACUCAAAUUAUUAUAUGCCAUUAUCGCAUGAAGUUAACUUUCAACUUAUUUCUUUGUUUGAUUAAUGCAUAGCUCAACAAACUUAGAACUUGAAUCUCCCAAUGCAGUAGGAUAUCCAAAUGAUGGUAAAUUUCUCUCAAUUAAAAGUACAUGUAACCCAUAACAUGAGGUAGAAAUUCAUUCUUCCUCAAGUCAUGCUCGAGUUUCUUCCCCUGAGUCGCCAAUUGAUCUCCGAUUGACUUGAAACUUGCGUCUAUGCUUCACUUUACGUGAUAAGACUUGAAAUCUGACAAAGGAACAUAAACUAGCGUAAUAUAGGCCAGAGUAUGAUAAACAUCACGCUAAACAAUCAAAAAAUGAGAGGUAAAACAUUUGUAAAUGCGUAGUCAUCAAUAGUUUAAGAAAAUUUGAUGAUUGAUCCGUAAUUUAAUUCUGAGUACUAUAUAGUAAUGCAUCCCCGCCGCUCUCACUCUCAGUUUCUCCCCAUCUCUCCUAUCAUUCCCAGAAAAGAAGAACACAUAUUCCCUCCCUCUUCCUUCUUGUCUCUCUCACUUCCUACCUCAUCAUCACAAUGAUUUUCUAUUUCUAUGAAAUCGACCAGUUGUCAUUGGGGAAAUGGAGGUAGCCAACACAAGGAAGAAACACGCAAGGUGAAUGGCUGAGAGAUGGUGUUGGCACGAGCUUCAGCUUCAAUCAUUGCUUCUUGAGGUAAGAAGAGGAGAAACUAUGAUUUUUUAUAUUUCUUCCUACCAAGCUCCAACUGCUCAAAUGCACCUUAAAAUUUUUUUUUCGUUUGAUGGUUGGAAACUUUGGGCGGGAUGGUCAGUUCGUCCAGUUUGAACGAUUAACUGUCGAACUGUUAUCCAACCGUGCAUUUCAAAGUUGGAGGUUAAUAAAUUAUUCGGAUCGAGCUGGUGACGGAUCCCAGUUUUUUACCGAUCGGAUCGAAUGACUCAACCUGAUGUUAACAUCAUUGUUUGUAUCUAUUGAUAUUUAAUCAUGCUUCCUUGUGCUUUUUGGGUAUUUGGAUUUGGUGUUCUUGGCCUAAGAGAAAAAGAUCAUCUAAUCCGGUCAACAUUAGAACAUCCAUUAAUAGACUGAGGUUAUAAUUGUAUGACCAUUGAGUUAUAGCCUCAUUUGCACGUAUUUAAGGAGUCUAAACCUUAUGCUCUGGGUAUCUAGUUGGUUGCAUGACAUUAAACCAACCUAGCUACAUAGAAGAGUGAUCAAGUGCAUGUCCAUUGACUUGAUUGCUAGUCUAGGGGAUUCCUUAGAAUUUACAAGAUAGAAAAUCCUUCAUUGACUUAGUUUAAUUCCAUAAACCCAUUUCAACAUUAUCCUAGAGGGAUUCAACCCUAAGUAAUCACCUAUCUCAAGAGAUUCUCCUUCUAGUUAGUUUUGUUUCUUUCAUGUUACUUAGUUUAAUUCAUAUAUUUCAAAUAUUUCCAUAUUAUUGACUAGAUAGUAGCUUGAGCUAAAGAGUAGUGUUAGCCUUAAAUGGCCCAAGGCAUACAACCUUGGUCACCACCCUAUGGUAUUACUACUUUGCUAAUCUAGAGUUUAACUAGAUUGGAUUAUUUAGUAUUCUUGAUGAUGUACAAUUUUGAUAUGAUUUUACCAAUGCAAGUUGUCAAUCUGUAUUGGUCAUUGUACUCUUAGGCAUCAUAAUUGUGUGUGUGUGUGUGUGUGUGUGUGUGUGAGCGCGCGCACUUAAGUGGAUACAACUAACUAAAUGUACAUAUUCAGUCCAUGACGUAAUAAACUAUUGGCAUAUUUUAUUAUCUCUCAUGAAGAGUUUUUUUGGGAUGUGAUGCAGUUCUUGAUUCUUCGUGGACAUACUCAUCUUGUGCUUGAUGUCAUUCUCAAUGCUAAGAUUCUUGACCUUUUGAACUUCAAUCGUGACAUCAGUAACACAGCCGUGACUUGUUCAUCUAAUGCGGUGCAUUUCUAGUUAAUGUCACGUUCAUUGUGUCGAUGUCAUGGAUGUGACAUAAGACCGUGAGUCGGGCAACUCUUCGGAUAUAUAGCUGCUACUGUGAUUUUGGAGAGGGAAGAUAUGUGUUUUCGGCCAAAAACUCCCAAGAAGCAAUCCAAAGAGAGGGAGAGCGAUCUAGGAGGGUUCUUGGAGCUAAACUGGAGGUACCCAUCACCAAUGGAUCUGGAAGAUCAACCCUGGACAUGAAGAUUGAAAAUCUUGAGUUUUAUACUGUAUUUUCCUUCACUUAGGUUUUGAUGAACCCUAACUAUGUUUAGCUUGACUGAAUGAUUGUAUGAAUACUAUAUCUUGGCAUUCUUGAGUUCAUAUCCAAACCAUGCAUGUUUUUAUUUUAAAUUUUCAUUGAUCAGGAUUAGUUGAUAUUGCUAUUGACCUAUGAGAGUGAAUAUAUAUCUAUGUCAAUUAGAGCACCAUAGAUUGUAAGUAGGGGAUCGAUAACACAAGGGUGAGUCAAUUUGCUGCUAUCGGUUCGACCAUUCUCGGUUCAACCAGUUCCGGUCCGAAUGGUUUGGUUUGCUCCGACUGCUACCUUUCUAGUCCGCCCUAUAUCGCCCUCUCUGGUCCAACCGCAUCCUCUCUGGCCCAGCAACCCGAAGCCUUGAUUUUGGACCACGUUGUCCUAGCCCCGACAUUUUAGCCUUCCCACGUAGCGCAGCUAUCUCUUGGGCCGAUGGAAUUGGUAACAGCCAGUUCCAUCUCAUGGCCCACUUUCCCCAUGUCCCACAUGCUCCGAGGUCUCCAGGCAUGGGGUUGUGCUUACCCUAGCCAUCAUUUCACCUGUUUUUGGCGCUACUCCUCCUUCCACGGUAGUGCUUCUCGUCUACGCCUCGAUCGUCUUCUUUCUUCCUGCGGCGGCGCUAAGCUAUGCCACCGCCACCCUCGGCAUCACGAUCGGAGCCUUCGUAUCGGCGCUGCUGCCAAGGAGCCAUCUGCCUCUGUCCUUCCCGCACCUUAGCGAGGGUCUUUGUUAACACAGCCAUAGACCUCUGGACUCCUCCACCUUGACUCGCAGCUCCACUAGGGCUGGGAAAAGGUGCGGUCUGGUCCGGACCAGACCAUAUAUACGAUCUAUGGUUCAGACCGAGAGGUUAAAGUAUUGACCACAGACCACGCCUGUACGGUCUGGUCUGGUUCAGAAAGACCAAACUCAACGAAAAAUGAAUAAUUUGUUUAGUAAGCCACACAAAAAAUUGAACCAAUAACCAAGAAAAAUAGUUGUUAUUUGCCUUAAAACAUUAAUCCUAACAUGCAUGAAUAAUUUUGAUACUCUAAAUCUUAGUACAUGACAAAGAUACAAAAGUAAAAGCAUCCCAACUUGCACCAUAACGUCAUGCCAUUAACAUAAUGCCAUAUAGAGACACAAUUAUCUCUACUCUCUGGUUAAAUGCGGUUGUGAAUGAAGGAGGGACGAGAUUCACAAAACUAAGGUUGAAACUUGGGUGUCGUUUUGGGAGUUGGGAGAGUGGUCGAAUGGGCUGUUAACACAUAUUGACAAGUCAGUUGGGUCCACGGUUUGGUCCGGUAAACCGCGGUCUAGACCAGACCAGACCAAGAGAUCAAAACAUAAGAUAAUACAGACCAUGGACCAGACCAGAACAUACUUAACGGUCUACGGUCCGGACCAAACUGUGUGGUACGGUUUGGACCAUGGUUUUUCUAACGGUCUCUUCUAUUUUCCCAGCCCUAAUCUCCGCUACGCUGGCGUCCGUUCUCAGCUGCAUUUCCAUGAGAGUUUGCAUUGAGGCCUUGAGAGCCUCAUUCUCCGUCUCAUCUGCCACGACCCCCUCGCACACCUACUCCUCUUGCGACAAGGAGCUUUUUUUCAGGAUAUCUCUAGGUACACCGGUGGUGUGUGUCUUGGCUCAUAUUUCCUCUCCAGUUUUCUCCAUUGCAGCCUUCUCGGCAGCCUUGUCUGUCGCGGUCUAUGACUUGGUUACCUCCAUUGGUCUUCUCUACUCGUCCAUGAUCUACAAUCGUGACAUACUCCAUUCUCGGAACCGGGCUCUAAUACCAAAUGAUAGAAACCGGAGUCUAAUGCCUCGAGAUUCUAUCUAGGAAUUGAGGAAUGGGCGAUCAACUAGGGAUUGAUUCGCCAUUGUGACUGGGGGUUGAUGGGAGGUGAGAUGAGAUUUAGAGAAGGAGGGAAGAAGAAGAAUGUUGCAGCGACAACUUGGAAGAGAGGGAGAGGGAAUUCAGUAGAGAAGGAAAGAGAUGAGGGAUUAGGAAAAGGGUAUUAGGUUUAAUCUUUGCUUAGUGUCAUAAUCCCUAAUUACAAAAUAUUUAUAUAAUCCGACAAUUUCCAAAUACUACCCUAACUUAUUAGUCUCCUCAAAAUUUCCCUCAAAGUUCCCAAUAGAAACAUAAAUAAUAAGAAAUCGACAAAAUAGUCCAAAUAGUUAAACUGCAGAAAUGUAGUUUCUAUCACACCCAUUAGAGGGGUCUAAACCAUCUAAGCAACUGACUCAAAAGGGUCUUGAUUGCUCCAGUAGAGAUUCAAGGAUUAGUCAAAGAUCCUCCGCGCUAUGAAUGGAGAAUGAAUCAAGUUAGAGAAUCAUCAAUCUUUGAUCAGGCUAGUGACUAGGGGGAUCAAUACCUAAGUGAGCUCCCAACUUGUAAUUAGUUAGUGUAGUUGUUGGAGUAGUUUAGUGAGCUUAGUUUCUUAAUCUCAAACCUUGUUUCGCUAGUUAACAAACCAAAGCGGCGUAAUGGUACACCUAAAGACCCUAGGGUUCAUAAUUUUAUUACUUUACUUCCACUAUGCUACACUCGAUAGUUGGUUAUACUUGGUCUUCGAUUGGGAGAGUAGUUUAGAGCGAGUCAAGUUGUUUACUCUAGAUCUAUUCUGCUAAUAAUAAACUGAAGCUGAC